AUGGCCCCUCAGCGAUAUGAAGCGGUGAACUCACACGACGACGACGUUGAUUCUCCUAUCUCAUCUGACCAUCCCCAUGGCAUCCCUUCUUCACCUCCCCCUUCUUUCCGAUCUCGAGCAUCCUCUCCGACGUCUCGCCGCCUAUUAGCAGCCCAAGAUGGCCUAUCCAACGAAGCCGAUCAAGAUCUGGCAGACACUUUUGAUGAUGGCGAGGGUUCCGAUGCAGAAAACGAUGGCGAUGACAGACAAAGGUUGAUGAGAGCCGAUCCCGCCACCAUAAGACAAGAAGGCACACCUCCGACGCCCUCUAGCCCUGCUACUCGCCAAGUACCGGCAAUCGAGCGCAGAGUGACAGAACUCCCUGCUUCUAGACCAUUGCCACCGUCUCUGAGAGCGACAGAUGGUGUCUUUGCGAACCUGUCUGCCAAACCCGAGCGCGGUGAGCAAGUGGACGAAAAGCCUCCCUCAUAUGAACAGGCAGCCGCCGACGCCACUCCUCCUUAUUGGGAGACCACGAUUCUGGCACCUGGCAUGUCGUCCGACGAGGUUUAUGUCGACGGUCUUCCUGUCGGCUCGGUGUUCUCUUUCGUGUGGAAUGGCAUGAUUUCCAUGUCAUUUCAACUCGUCGGAUUUCUACUCACAUAUCUCCUCCAUACCACCCAUGCGGCCAAACACGGUAGCCGAGCUGGUUUAGGCUUAACACUGGUCCAGUAUGGUUUCUAUAUGAGCGGCUCAAGCGACGGGAACCAGGAUACUGGGAAUCCCGGACAGUUUUCAAGUUCAUCGCCGCCGGACCCAAACAGUCACAAUUUCGACCCUGGUGCUGUCGAUGGCUUAGACAACCAGGCAAAAGGUGGAAUGGGUGGCUUCACAAGCGCCGACUGGAUAUCCUAUGUUCUGAUGAUUGUUGGCUGGUUUAUUCUCAUACGGGCAGUUUCCGACUUCAUGCGUGCGAGACGGCAUGAGGCGUUGGUUUUGCAGAGUCCUAGUCGUGGUCUUCCUGUGCCGGUUGUUGCAGAGGGGGAGACCCCCGAGCAGGCAGCAUAG